CGCUGCCGAGACGCCGCGCCGGGAUAACGCGAAGGGACGUCGCGACGCCCGUUUGUCCGGUAGGGAAGGGAAGACUAAACUAACAACGGAGCGACGAUCAGCUGUGUCCCGCGAAAAAAGAAACAAAAAACGUGCGCCAUUUUUCGCGUACAACCCCCGAAACGAACACGUGAUCCUCGACGUCGAGGACGAAGUAAACUCGCGUUCGGAUUCCAACGGACGAAAUAGAAACGAUUCGAAAAAUCGUCGCGAAGAAAAGAAGAACAGAUUUCAGGGCCGUCGUCCUCGACCCGCGCAGUGUGCCUAGUCCUGUCUCUCUAAAAACUGUGAUAAUCUUCAAAAAUCCGAUUUUCGAGGUGAAAUAAUGAAAAAUUUCAUCGCCCCUUCAUCCGGAUCUCGAGACGCGGAAUGAGAGCAAAUGUUUUCGGAGUUUCCUUCUUCUCCUGAGGUAACUUGUGCGCGAUGUAAAUAAUCCCCAAGGAGUGUGGAAAACAAACGAAAAACAAAAGAAUCAAGAAAGGAAGACGUAUCAUUCCGUCUCACGUCGGACGGACUUUAUACUUUAAUAAACACAAUUACCAUCGGUGUAAGUUUUGAAACUUAUGAAAAGUUUUGUGAUUGUUAUCGCCCUGUUUUUUUUUUUGUUUUUUUCUCCGACUUCGCUCUUUGUGUGUGUGGAAUAAUAUCUGAGAGGUGAUAGCAAAAUAUUCUGGUGAAAAAUCGAGCGGUGAAUCUCACGUGCGGUGAUCCCGCGCGGCUGGUGGUUGUUCCCCUUCAACUAUUUCGCGGUGUCACCCUGACCUUCGACGUCUCCGUGUUGCGGCGAGGGUCUCAAAGAUUUCUAUAUGAAACGCUCGAGUAGAACGUGAUCUUUUGGAAAACCGUAUUGACGCGACAGCGAAGAUGUUACAGUCCUGGUGCAGCGGGAGCGCCCGCUGCGUGCGAAAAGCGCUAUUUUUCGUCUUCAUAUGGGGCCUGAUAAUGAUAGCAGCGAUACAGUUCCGUCAUAUGGAAACAGUAACGGAGAAUUCGGCUGGUUCCGGAUCACGCGGGGCCAGUCUAAGCUCCGGUCGUUUUUUAUUACAACAAUUGAUUGAUUCCAGUUACACUCGAGAACCGGUAGUCUCCACCACUCAGAGUCCGCUCGAGAUGGAACCGCUUCUCGACAAAACACCGUCGAAAACCGAAGAAAAACUAAUAGAAGAAAUCGAAACGAGGCUGCCCAGUUUGCCCCUAGCUUAUUGGAACCGCAACAAAAACAACAAGGCGAUGCAUUACAAGAACGAGAGCUGCGCCAAAUUUCCCAGCAUAUUCGAUCUCGAAUUCAACAACAUCUACUGGCAGAGCAUGCACACCACCAACGGUUCCUUUCAAUUAUUCGGCGCUUUCUACGACACGAGAAAGCUCUCGAGAAUCGGACCGGCUAUCAGGAUAGUCGGCAUGAUAAACAGAAUCGAACCGACGGUGAAAACGUACUGUCAGAUCUGGUACGAAGGCGAGAAGGAACCGCAGCUGGUCGAUACCCUCGAGUACAAGUACAUCUGGUAUCCGAAAUGGGGUAACUACAAACAGGGCAUUUAUCAGCCUUACAUAAUCGCGUGUAAGGUGCCGCAAACUCACAGAAAACAAGUGCCGGCUUCGGUGUCGCUCGUGGCGAAGGCCUGCGACACGGCGACGAACAACCUUAGAGUGAUUUACAACAAACCGCCGCGGAAAAAAGACUUCGCGGUAUGCGUAAAAGGUCUGGAUUUCUUGCACGACGAUCUCUCCGUGAGGCUCGUCGAGUGGAUAGAAAUGAUCAACCUCUUGGGCGCCGACAAAAUAUUCUUCUACGAACUACAGGUUCACCCGAACAUCAGCAAGGUUCUGAACUACUACGAGAAACAAGGGAAGGUUCACGUCACACCGCUAACCCUACCCGGCGGACAACCGAAUGUCCCGGCUUUCCAGCACAUGUAUCUUACGAAAAAAAUGAACCACAAACGACAAAAUGAACUGAUACCAUACAACGACUGUCUGUACAAACAUAUGUACGAGUACGAGUACAUCGCACUUUUGGACAUCGACGAGAUCAUCAUGCCCGUACAAGAUUCCAAUUGGAAGGAACUCAUGGACAGGAUAUUGCCGAAGGCGUUGAAAAUCCGUAACGAAUCCAGAGCUUCCUACAACGUAAGAAACGUUUACUUCCUCGAUGAUCUGUUACACUCGCAUGGCUGGUUCAAGGACGUGCCAAGGUACAUGCACAUGCUCCAGCACGUCUACAGGUCACAAAAUUUCACGAAACCAAAUCAGUACGUGAAAUGUUUCCACAAUCCGGAGCGCGUGGUGACUUUGCACAAUCAUUUCCCGCUAGCUUGUCUCGGUUCUGGUUGCACAAGUUACCCCAUAGAAACUGGUGACGCUCAACUUCAACAUUAUCGCGCCGAUUGCGUGAAAUCGUUGAAGAAAACCUGCGUCGAGUACAGGGAGAACAGUGUAAUGGACACUACGAUAUGGAAAUACAAAAGUAAAUUGAUCGACAGGGUCACGAGGACGCUCAAAACUUUGGGGUUUUUUGGCCCCGGCCACAUUUCGAAGAGAUAGUCAACGGCCCCUAAGCCGAAACGCAAUUCGAGAACGAGGCGAAUAAACCCGUUAAGACAUAGGAUGGACUUCCGAUGAUGGCGCGCUGCGAGUCGGAAGAAUUUUAAAGCUCUUGUAUUCGCGUCUACUGAGUUCUAGGUUCAUGGUUGAACACCGAAGGUUAUUCGUUUGUUUGUGCAGUGAUUAAGUUUUGCCAUUAUUAUAGUCAAAAAUUAAAGAAAAAAAAACAUCUUGUUAUCCAGAGUGCAUCGUGUGAUGGGGCAAGCUGUUGAUUAUUCAAAAGUGGUGAAAAUCAAAAUUUCAAGGUGAAAGUCGAAAAUGGUCGAGAUUUUCGUAAAUUCACUUAAGGUUGAUAACUUUUGAACACCGAGUUGAAUGGGAUACCCUAAAUUUUUUAAUUUCCGAAUUUAGUGAACAUAGUAAUUCUUUUAAAAACCUACGAAUCAAGAUUCAUUGAAACUCUAUUUUCCGCAUCAUAUGUUUUCAAAAUGGCAUCAACGAUAAACUGUGUUAUAAAAUAUGAACUUUGUUGACGUGUGAAGUUCUAAGAGGUUCUAACGCGAUCUGAUCGUGAUGUGCACGUUAUUCCGAAAGAUCGAGCUAAAAUUAAAAAUAAUUCAAAAAGUCGAAGAUCUUAUGUAACCUAACCUAAUUGGCCAUUGCCAAAUUAGCCUCAAACUAACCAUGUGCGGUGAAAUCGCUCUGGUAAAACCCACGCAUUCCAACUUCUCCGGAGAUUCGCCCGAAUCUUCCCGAAUCAAAGAAAAAAAAAACAGUGAAUAAAGAAAUGAAUGAAUAAAUCGUCGUAUGUAAAGGAAAAGAAAAAAAAUAAACGAAAAACAAAUGAACUGAAGAAAGACUGACUUCGUGCACACGAUACCCUGAUCGGCGUCGCGUUAUUCCCGCGUCAAAUGAAUUUCACUAAGCACACCCUAUAGAUAAACGGAACACAUGAUCAGUCAAAUAAUAAAUCUCUGGAAUUGUGUAAUUAGAUGACAUGCAUAUAUGUUUUUACAUAUAUCAUAAUGACUGUAAGUUAUUAAUUAGUGGUGAUAUUUUCUCCUACUUUAUAAGUGCCAACCCAAUAAAUUGAGGGUGUCUCAGUGCCUACGGAACUUAAUUAUAUGAUAUAUACAUGUAGAGUAAUAUAAGCGUUCAAUUUCGUUAAUAAUAAUUUCUCAUGGGAAUCGUUAUUGACUGUAUAAUGUAUAUAAAAAAAAAAUGUCCUCGAUGCUUUUCUCUUUUCUAUGAAUUUCGCAUCGCUGAGAAAUCUUUAAAUUAUUCCUAAUUAUGUAAAUUCAUCUAUAGAAUAUACAUAUUAAAUCUAUAAAUAUAUCCACGUACGCAUAAUAUAACGAUAGGUACGAUACAUAUGCAUAUAUACAUGUAUAGUAAAUUUUUCUCUUUACCAAAAAGUAUAUAUCGUAUCUCUUCGAAAAUCGUAACAUAAUAAGCAAAAAAAAAAAAAAAAAGAAGGAAAAAAAGACGAAACAAGGAUAUACGAAGAAGAAAAAAAUCGAAGCUUCCGCAGGGGGUUCCCUCCUUUCCAUUCACCGCGGGGGCGGGCAACCCUAUUACAUAGUAUACCUCCGAUUCAAGCCAAGUCUCUUAACCGAAAACCAUUUUCUGUCACUGUACAAGGCUUUUGAACCCGUCUCAAAGUCUCCAAAGGAUAUACGCGGUGGCUGAGAACGCUUCACUCGCUCUUAUUUUAUCAUUAUGAUUUAUUUUUGUUUUUUUUUUCUUUUCGUUAUACCUAACACAGCUUCACAGCUCGGCAAACCGAAGUUAUAUUCCCGCGCGGAAUAUGUCGUCCCGCGUUUAUCCGCGUGAAACAGAGAAAAAAGCGAGUAAAUAAAAAAGUGAACGAACGUGGCCGCAAGCCUCCGGUUGUUUUUCUUUUUUCUUUUUUUUUUUUUUCAAAUUCUGCACCGCUCAACGGCUGUAAAAACAAAAAAAAAGAACCAAACAAAAGGAACGAAAAAAAAUAUGAAAGAAAAAAAGACUAAACACCGCCCUUUGUUUCCCAACGGCUUUACAGAGUCUCGGAUUAUACGGCGAUGAAAAUGAAUGAAUUAAUGAAUAAGUAAAGACGUGUAUAUAAAUAGAAGAUAUGAUAAAAUCGUGAUUCUACUGCAGUCCGUGUGUAAAAGUGACGUGGUAAUUUUUUAUAUAUUAACGAUGUAAAUCGUCGUUUCUUAUUCCGUACUCGUUACACGUACGUAGAGCGCGCGAUCAUUGUGUGUCGGAAAGUACGUAAUAUUUUGUACGCGUGAAUUCGUACGGGUGCGAACGAUUGGCGAGAUCUCGUUGCAGUCGAACAUAAUCCGGUUAGAGAAUUUCGGAAUAACAUACGAGAUAUUGACGGUCCGUGAAUACCGAAUCGCUUCGUCAUCGCGUGAGAAAUUUAUCACGUUUCCGAAGCUGGCACAUCUCAGAAAAGAAAAGCCGAGUAUCUCGAUUAUCCUCGUAUCCCGACGGUGAUAAAAGUCUCGCAUUUUACACCGCGGCAGGAGAGGCUCCCCCCCCCCCCCCCCCCACCACCUCCGUCAUACCUACUCCACAGUGCAGUACGCUCCCGGGCUUGGUAUUAGUGCCGAUGCCCCUCGCCCCCUUCCCACCGUCAGCCCUUCUUUUCUCCGUCACGCAUUAAUCCUGUCCUUGAAAAUCUUGCGCGCCCUGUAUCUUAUCUACUAAGCCUCCCUUUUUUCCUCUCUUUUCUCUUUUUUUGAUUUUUUUUUUUUUUUUCAAGUCGCUCUCGCCCGAAGAACCAGUCUCGGGUAUUCGCAUUGCAUCUAUACCGGGUAGGGUUUGUAAACGCUGCGCACGCAUUUACGAUUAUCUCAAUUAUCAGAGGCGUUUGUCGUAUGUUUUUUUCGAAAAAGCUAACUUGGGGAUUUUUUGAAGUUAUUUUAGAUUUUUAUGAAGUCAAUGUUUCGUGAUUGAAUAUUGUCCGAUUGAAUUAGAACGCCUUCUGAAAAUCUAUGUAUAUCUAUACAAGCGAAUCAGAUUUCAAGAAUUUUUCGAUUUUCACAUAUCAAAGUUCAAAUAAGAUUUCAAUUUUUCGAAAUUGCAUUUUUCAGUCUAUAUAUCAUAUCUUCAGCUAACAGUAGGAGAAAUUCGUUCUUCUACUCUUAGAUCUUCGUUUUUUGGCGGUGUGGAUUCAUACUUUUCUUUUACUAAAAUCUGAAAAAGGCAAAAAAUGUCAGAUAAUUUGACGAAUGUGACGUGAAAUCCCUGUAUUCCUCGAACAUCGAGGAUCUCGUGAGUCGAGAGGGUAUUUCCACCAUUUGUAUGAGUCGCUGGAAAAAUUGCUGUCCUCGUUUAUCGCGAUUCACCUUCAAAUAUCGACAUAUUGCGUCAGUUUCUUUCGCCACUACUCGAACGUAUCGUAUGUACUUAUCGGUUAUAGUUUCCAAUCAAUUUAUCUAACGAUUGCACUCUUCCCCCAUAUUUCUUGUUUACUGCAAAUUGCAAAUCCUCUAUAAAUUAUCGCACGAGAAACAAUCUCUUUUUUUUUAUCUCCUAUAUUUUUUCCUCGCCUCUCCGACUCGAUAUCUCCACCACUCGUUGACGCGAAUCGAACGAAAGAAAAAAAAAACCGGCAACCGUAAAAUAAAACGGCGUGAAAACCAGCAAAAAACGAGUCGGAAAUCUCGUCGAUUUUCGAACACCGUGAAAACCCCCCCUUUGCGGUGAAUCAAUUAUCUCGUACAUCGUUUCGGAUGUCUACCACCGGGGCAGCAUAAUUCGCGGAAUUGUCCCCGUCUUAAGAACGACGAAAGGAGAGAGAGAGAGAGUGUGCUGCCCUGCGGGGGCCGAGACACUGGAACGAAGCCGACCCCCUCCCCUCGUAUUUCUCCCCCUCCCCCCUCCUCUCCUUCGCACCCGCCCCUGCUACGCUGAUGCGCCGUUCGACGACGCUUUGUUCUGGAGAUCUUUCAAGGAUACGGCUCGACUCGAGUACUGUAGAACCCACUUAAGCGCCGGAUGUAGACGUCCUCUGUGUGUAUAUUAUAUGUGAUAUAUAACCCGACGUGCAUAUCCUUACGGGUGUAAAAUGUACUAUGGUAUUGCGUGCGUGGAGGAGGUGUGGACACGUGGCGCUGCAUCGGUCGUAAGAAUGUGUCAAGAAUAUUGUAACAAGUGCGCAACGUGUGGUUCUCUCUCUUCAUCUUUUUUUUUCGAUCGAAGGCCCGGUUGUACCGAACCUUCGACGAAAUUGCGAUUUAUUUUAUCAUUUGAAAAUUGAUGAAAAUCGUUCGAUCGAAAAAGUGCAUCCUACAAUUUUUCAGCAUCGCUGGUACAGGCGAUAACAAAAAAAUUUACACACCUCUCGAUCCGCCGCGAUGAAAACGUCGACGCGUGAAAUUUUAUCCUAACGCUACCGCGUUGCGGAAGAUUACAUGCGUCGUCGUUUUUCGUAGCAGGAUUUCGAUUCGCUGCGAUGAAAAUUUCUGGCGCUUGGAAUCUUUCUUCGCGCAGCUGAUCGACACUUUUUUAAAGCACGUGCUAUCGAGAUCUAAAAAAUUUUAGCGUGCAUUUUUCAUCGUACAAUUUUUAGCAGUAGUUUGUAGAAUAACCGAAACAUUCUUCCUCGAUUUUUACUCGAAUCAGGAAGAUGAAAGAUCCGAGAGGCACACUUUAGUUUUUUUCAUCCGAUGCAUCGCGAGGAGCUACAGGCUCGAAUUUCAGUGAGCUUGCUGCCCGACGAAUAAAUCGUAGAUAAAACUGAAUUUGGCAAGGAAAAAAUUCCAGUACUUCGUGAGCGUUUCCGAUUUAUCUCCAGAACGACGCUGUCCCCAUUCUCAUCGCUGUUCCUAUAGCUUCAUGGCGAACCUUGAUCGCUUUAACGAUCAAAUCGUGUUGUUUUUGUUGUUAUUGUAUCAUUAUUAUUAAUAUUAUAAUUAUUAUAUGCUCUCCAAUUUCAAACACUGUACCUUUACUGUUACAUACAUAACCUGAUGCUACAAUUAUGAUUAUAAUCGUCACCUUCGUUGUCAUCGUUGUUAUUACUAUUAUCAUUAUUAUCAUUAAAAUUAUCGUCAUUAAUUAUUAUUGUUAGUAUUUUUUUUUCAUUCAUUGAGAUGCGUGUUUCUCACGAAAAGAAGAAAAAUCAAAAAAUCUGGUGCACGGGUUUUAAUUAUUUUGUUGAAUAGAAAAACAAAAAAAAAACAUUUUCCAACACGACGUCAGGUGUCCGUUCCGGAAAAAAUUUCUCACGCCGAUUUCGUCGAUAAUCCAAAGCGACACGAUAAUCGAGUGAAAUUUAUGCCCGAUUUUCAGAGGCGGACGAAAAAACAAUUAAAAUCCUACAAACUAACUGAUUUUGAGUUGGAUGUAAAAAGACAGUCAGAGUUAAGUCUGAUUUUUAAUUAACUUGGUAUUGCGUUAAGUGAAUGAUUUGAAAUAAUUUUUGCUCAAACAUCGUUUUCACAAUUUUACCUCACUGUUUCACGUAUUGUUAUGUAAUGGAAUGUAAUUAUGAGUAAGUAAGGUGCAAUUUUGGAUUUUUCAUUUAAUAUAAAUUCAAAUGAGAAAUCCGCUGUUUUGUACCGCAAAUCAAGAACAUUAUAAUCAAGAACUAUACAUGCAGUAAUCAAACUUAACUUUUUUAUAUUCAAGAAUACAUAACGAUAACAACGAUGAAAUAAUAAUAGCAACAGUAAGGAUAAUAAUAACAGUUGUAAUCGUAAUGAUGAUAAUAUCGAUAUAAAUGUACAUUGAAUAUCGAUAAUGGUAUUAAAUCCAUAACGCAUAAUAAUAUAUAUAGGUAUAUAAUACCAAUGAUAAUAAGAAUGAUGAUGAUUGUAUGAUGGCGAUAAUCAUAAUUAACUAUAUAAUAUUAUUACUAGAAAUAGUACCUCCUAUUGUACUUUAAUAUCACGCUCAAUAUACUAUAAUUGUGGUGCUACGUAAGCAUUAUGUUAAUCGAUAA